AUGGAGGGGAAUUUGCCGCCGCAAACCCUGAUCCCAGGCGGAGGCGGAGGCGGAGGCGGGGCCCCCUUCGAUCUGGCGCAGCCGUUCCACUUCGCCGCCCAACCCCAGGCGGUCCAGGUUCACCAGGGCUUCUUCGCCGUCCCCGCCGCGAACCAGGUGCCGGAGCUCAGCAAUGCGGUGAAGGCCUCGCUGAGCGACGAGGAGGACGCCGAUGACGGCCACCUCGACCACGGCAAGGCGGCGGCCGCCUCCCCGUGGCACCGGGUCAAGUGGACCAGCGGCAUGGUCAAGCUGCUCGUGACGGCCGUGUCCUACAUCGACGAGGACGUGGACGCGGACUACGGGACCAGCAGCGGGAGGAGGAAGCACGCCCUGCUCAAGAGGAAGGGCAAGUGGAGGCUAGUCUCCUCGGCCAUGACCGAGAGGGGGUUCGCGGUGUCGCCGCAGCAGUGCGAGGACAAGUUCAACGACCUCAACAAGAGGUACAAGAGGCUGACCGAGAUCCUCGGCCGGGGAAGGGCUUGCCAGAUCGUCGAGAAGCACGAGCUCCUUGACAAGGUGAGCCUAUCUGGGAAGCUUAGGGAGGAGGCCAAGAAGCAUCUCAACUCCAAGCAUCUGUACUACGAGGAGAUGUGCUCCUACCACAACAGGAACCGCUACUGCCUGCUUAAUGAUCCUGCCCUUCAGAGGUUCCUGCGAAUGGCGCUUAGGGCUCCAGAUGAACAGGGAAAGAAGUGCUCGUUUGGCUAUGAUGAUGAGGACGAUCAGAUGUUGCUUUCUGAUAAUGAUGAUGAUGAUUAUGAGGACGAUGAGUUGAAUGGCGACCUGGAGGUCAGUGCUGAGGAUCAUGGUGUUCACAGAGUUCAUGCCACCAAGAAAUUGAAGCAUUAUCAUGAGGAGGGACAUUGUGGGUCUCAUCUGUCUGAAGUUGUGGCCAUUGACAUGAACAAAAUGUUCUCUGAAGGAUCUGGUGGUCCAUCUGCUGAGAAGAAUUUAAGUGCUAUGCGUGCUCAAAUUGAGAGACAACAUCUGGAUAUAAAAUCAGAGAUGCUGAGAAUUGAGCAGAGGCAUUUCAAAUGGCUGAAGUUCAGCAAGGAGAAGGACAGGGAGUUGGAGAAAAUGAAGCUGGAGAAUGAAAAGAUGAAGCUGGAAAAUGAGCGAUUGGAGCUGGAGCUGAGGCUUAAGGAAAUUGAGAUGGGCAUCAAACCAACGAGGAUUUAG